AACACAAUGAGGAAGAAGAACGUUGCUCUCCUGCUCAUUCUUUUCCCUGUGUGUGGACAUCUGCUAGACGUCACUUUUUAUAAUGACCCUUACAAGAGAAACUGGGCAAGUGCACAAGAGUUCUGCAGGGAGCACCACACUGACUUGGUCCAAAUCAGAAAUGCAGAAGAGAGUGAAGUUUUUGAAUUCUCUGGAUGGAUUGGUUUGUACCGAGAGGAUGCAUCAAGUCCAUGGAAAUGGUCCAGAGGAGGUGAAAUAGCCAUCUUCACCAUGUGGGAUCACAAUGAACCAGAUCAAAAUGGAAACUGUGUGUACACAAACAAUGGAAAAUGGGGAAACAAGAAUUGUGAUGAUAAUCGUGCUUUCCUAUGCUACGAUGAAAAGCUGAUUCUGGUGAAGGAGAAUAAGACUUGGGAGGAGGCAUUAGAACACUGUAGGUCUCUGGAUGCAAUGGACACAGAUGAUCCACCCUCUUCAUACUGGAACCACAGCUAUGACCUGGCCUCCCUCAUCACUCCAGAUGACCACACCGCUGGACAAAAGAGCGCACAAGAGGCUACCACUGAUGAGGUGUGGACAGGCCUGUGUAAUCUGGCUGGUCAGUGGCUGUGGGUGGGUGGAGAACAAGUGCAGUAUGAGGACCUCCCAAACUGCCCGACUGACGGCUUCUGUGGUGUCCUCGAGAAGAACGGUACCGCAUCCUUCGGCAUAAGAAACUGCCAGCAGAAAAGGAACUUUCUCUGUUACAGAAGCCCUUAAACACAUUUAAUUAAGUAUUGUACUUAAAAUAAAUAUUAUUACCAAAGCAGACUUCACAGACAGGCAAAAAAAGGCAAAUUAAAUCUACAAUAAUCCAAACACAGGCAAGGAAAAGAUGGGGAUGAAAGAUGCCAUGACAGAAGCUAUCUAUGCACAAACAUAGACAUCAG